UGACACAAUCUGAAAUACCGCCAAUUUGUUUGUUGCCGAAUUAAUUUUAUUUCGUUAGUGGUAUUAUUUACGUAAUUUGUAAUUGUAUUCUCAAUUAGUUAUCAACAGACACUUUGUUUACUCCAAUGGUGCUGGUGUACUAUUAUUUGGAUCUUUCAUGAUUGGGAAUGUCCACUUCUUUUAAAACAGUGAUUGAUCCUGAAUCAAGUCUAGGACAAAUUCUUAGUAAAACUAGUGGUAAAAAAACAGUAAAAACAAAGAAAAGAAAGUGUGUUCUUAAGUCAAAAGAAAACAUACUCAACCCGCAGUGUCGUAGAGAACUCAAAAAAAGACUCAAAAAGUAUAAGUUGAGACGGGAUGGACAAGAGGACCAGGAAGUUCUUGAUGUCUCUCAAAUUCUAGUUACAGCAUUAAAAAUAAAAUCACCAACCAGUAAUAUAAACAGUAAUGGUAAUGAUAAACUUGAUGAGAUAAUACCCAAAAAUUACUUAUUCAAAAUGGGAAGACGUAAGCAAAUUAUCAAAAAGAGAGACCUUGAUGAUUGUAGUAAAGCUGCUAUCACAAAUCACAUAGAUGACAAAAUUGAUGUGUUUCAUUUAAAAGAUUCAGAAAACAGUAAAAUAUCAGAAGAACAUAAACAUGUGCAAAAUGAAGUUAAAGAGACAGGUGAUGAUAUUACCAUUAAAAGUAAAGACAAAAAACAAAAUGCAUUUCAAUUAAUGAUGGAGUCAAGGAACAAAAGCAUCGGUAGUAAUUCACCUGGCAAAGAUAAAGUUGUUGAUGAAUCUGAGCUUUUAGAAACAGUUGAAAGGAAAAGUAUCAAAGCCAAAAGAACAUUGUUAUUGCAAAAGAUGGCAGAAGCUAAAGGCUCACUUAAAAAAAAAGAGAUGGAAGAGUACCAAGAAAAAUGCAUCAAGAAAAAGAUGGAAAAAAGAGCAGAGAGAUUAAAGAAAAUGAUUACUACUAAAAAACCAGAACAGGAUGACAGUGAUGUUGAAAUUGUUACUGUUGAAAACGAAAUUCCUUCAAACAACAAUGUUAAAAAAGAAACUUCUACAAACAACAAAGUUAAAAAAGAAAUUCCUACAAACAACAAUGAUGUUUCAGCAUCUGGUAAAAAGACUUUAAAAUUAGUCAAUAUUUUUCAGGAUUCCAUACAGAAUGUAAAUGAUUCUAAAAGCAGGGUUAAGAAAAUCAAAGAAGAUGAUGAAUUCCUAAAAAAGUUAUCCCCUUCUCUUAAAAAGAAGGAAAAUAUGCUAUGCUAUUUCAAAAAAGUUGAAAAGGAACAAGAAUCAGAUGAUGUAUUUAGUUCUCAAAAUGUGGAUGAUGAAGAUGAUGAUGAUCCAGUUAUUAUCAAAGUUAAAAUGACACCUAGAUCAAAGAAAUCAAAAAAGAAAAAAUUAAGUCUGAAUAAAGAUGGGGUAAAACAGAAUGUGGUAAACGAAAAUGAUGAAAGUGCCUCAAAUAAAAUUUUAGUUAUUGAUGUAGCAUCUGAAGACAACUUGGCACUGGAAAAUAGUAAAGAUGUAGAUGAUUUAAAUGUAGCGCGGCCAAGACGUAAUGUUAAGAGACCUGCUAAGUAUAUUGAUGAUGUUAAAGCAUCCAGUUCUGAUGAAGAGAUACAUAUAUUUACUCCAAAAAAGAAAAAACAUGUUAAAAACAGCAAUAAUGUUGCUGAAACUAAAAUAGAAGUUAAGGUUCCAGAACCAUCCAGAGCAAGCUCAAGUAAAGAAGAAAAGAAAACGGCUAGUGAAAAAAAGAAUGUCAAAUUAAUCAAAGAGGACAAACAGAAGAAGCCUACUAAGUUAGCACCUAUUUUUGCUUCCAAACCACAGUUAGACGCAGCAGCCAUAGAGGCUAAACAAAGAUUUUUGAGUAGUGGGGUUCCUGAAAGACUUAAAAAAACAAUUGAAAAACAAAAAGAGCAAAAUAUAGGGCAUAAUAAUUUUCACACUGUUUUUCAUGUUCGGCAAAAAGAAUCUGCUUCUCCCGAAAAGAAACUUGAUUUUCGAUUUCAGCUUAGUGAUGUGGGAGAAGAUCAUGUAAAUAUAGUACCUAAAACUAAUUUCUUUAAAAAUAUUAUAUGUUCAAUCCAACCUGUAAUGAGAAAUGAAAGUCUACUAUUUGAGAAAAAUAAAAUCCAUGAUACAUUGCAAAAAAUUAAACUAAUGUAUCCAAGAUUUCCUGUUUAUCUUACAUAUCGUAUUUUAAGAGAUAAAAAUAGGGAAGAAUGCAGAGACUACAGCUAUCUUGAUUUGGACAACAGUAUAGAAGUAAUGAAUGGAUUGAUUGAUUUUAACAAUGAAAGCCCAGAUAAACUUAAUUGGACUGAUAAAUAUAAAGCCUUUUCAAGUAAACAGCUCAUUGGAAAUUUUGAAUGUAUCAAAGAACUAAAAAAAUGGCUGGUGUCUUGGACUGAAAAUGAUGUAAAAUUUAAAAAGCCCAAUGGUGCAGAUUCUGACUCUUCAGAUUUUUACAAAUCAGAUACAGACAGUAAAGAUAGUAUACAAAGCACCAAUAACUUAUUAGUGCUGAAUGGACCUGUGGGAAGUGGAAAAACUUCAAUUGUGUAUGCUGUUGCUGCUGAACUAGCAAUAAAAGUACUAGAGGUUAAUGCUAGUAGUAAAAGGACAGGCAAAAUUAUGUUACAAGACUUACAGGAAGCAACACAAUCGCACAAAGUUAAUAGAGGCAAGAGCAGUCAGGAGAGUUCUCAAAAAUCCCAAGAAAUAGUAGCAAGUAAUGUAAAAGAAAAUAAGGUGAAAAAGCGUGGCAGACCAAAGAAAACUGCAGUUGUCGAAGUUGAAGCUACUUCAAAAAAGGCUCAACCUUUGUCUAAUACUGAGGCGCUUAUCCAACCUAAUAGCCAGGAUAGUAAUCGAACUUGCAUGUCUCUUAUUCUUAUAGAUGAUGCUGAUAUAGUAUUUGAACAAGAUGAUGGAUUUUGUUCAGCCAUUGUGCAAUUAGUCCAUUGCUCUAAACGCCCUGUAAUAUUAAUCACGUCAUCAAUGACUUGUCCACACUUGCAAAGAUUUUUACAGAUAGCCAAAAUUUUACAUACCAAACCAUUUAUGCCAAGAAUGUUGGGAACAUGGCUGGACAUACUGUGUCUAGCUGAUACUGGCAUGUGUUGGCCAGGAUUAGGCGCGAAGAUUUUAGACUAUUUCGAUGGAGACAUAAGAAAAUCGAUAAACUUCUUACAGUUUAACACAGUUAGAGAUUCAUCAAUUGAUAAAGAAAAUGCUUCUCAAAAUAGCGAAACAUAUAAAACUGAGCAGGAAGACGAAAAUUCAAGCAUGUCCUGGGCAGACCGUGAAAGUAAUGAGGAAAGAAUUGAGAAGUGUCAAGUUUCUAAUAUUAUAGAUGACAAUAUUUGGCAUUAUUUUAUGAAAGAGCAAGUAAAUUUAAUUGGUUUGGAACCACCUGUACAGUUGUUUAAUAUAUGGUGGAAUGUGCCAAGGCUUUUGAAUGCUUCUUCAAAUUGUAAUGUUUAUGAUGAGGGUGAAACAAAUGAAAGUCCUAUUGUAAAAAGCAAAAUCAAAUUAGGACUGGACGCAAUGUCAAAUGUUGUUGAUAUGAUAUCUUUAGCAGACUGUUAUAAACAUAAAGAUAUGGUAUUUUCUCUUACUACAGUUCCAUGGGCAAAUUUCGAAAGUCAUAGUGUCUCUGAACAAGAAAAUUUAGAUAAGUACGACAGAAACCAAGAGAUAAUGAACCAGAUUUCUCUAAGUCUUGUUAAGGGCAGUAUAAAGACAGCGCAAAAUGCAUUGGAUUUGGAACAUAAAACAAACAUAGAUUUUCCAGGACUGUUAAUGAAAAGAGAGCGGGAUAAGGUUGCUUCGCGCCACAAUAGUAUUACAAGUUACUUGAAUCCAUCAUCAGCUUUAGAUCGGCGUGCGCUUGCGCUAGAUUAUUGGUCGAGUUGUCGAGCGAUAUGUCGAGUCGAAAAGUCAAGAACAGAUAGUAACUCCAAAAGGAAUAACCGGUUUUGUCAUUAUCUCAAAUCGGUAAACAUUUUGUCUAAAAGUCAAUCUUUCGAUAACUUAGGUGAUAGUUUAUCUUUUCGAGACUUGCAUGAAAAUGGUGUCGAUGGAAGAUAAAAUAGGUAUAAUUCCUUAUUAUCAAUGUUAUAAAAGGUUUUGGUUAUUAAUGUAAGAAAUCAUGUGCGUAGAUUGUUCGCCUGUCUGCGUAACACAAAGGAUCGAAAUAGUUUAAUUAUACAUGGACAAUUGAAUUGUUGCAUAUUUAUUUUAGUUUAAGAAGUUAUAAUAAUCUUUCACUUGCUAGGUUUUGAUUUCAUCGCAUUUAACUUGGAAACUAUAAUCCCAUUAUGUAAAAGCAGUAUGAUAUUGGAGGAUUUUUAGUUUUUAUCAGUUUAGUUCCCCUUUACUUCUAACUUUAAAUUGUUACAUCUGAUUUUUUAUAUUUCCCUGUUAGAUAAAGUUGUUUUUAUUGACGACAGGCUUCGCCUGCGUGGGUCUAGACAUGUCACAGUACGUUUUUAUCGCACGUCCAAUGUCCAAAAACAUCUUGUUUGUUACUAAAAACUAUGAUUUUCGGUAUCAGAGCUUACACAAAUUUCAUCUCCCAUUUCACGCAAUACUUAUGCACCUUACAUAUUAAUUUAUUAGAGGGUCCUAAAAGUCGCCCAUAAAAUGCGUUCAAUAACGCCCUGCAUAAUAUUAAUAAUGUGCAGACUGACAAGUGCACCGCACCUUUAGAUAAUUUAAUUUGUUUUUCAUUUAUAAGAGUAAUGUUUCCAAGUUUUUGUAAAAUAUUUUGUGUAACUUUUCUUUCAAAUUAUGUUUCAGUUUUUAGUUAAUGCGGACGUGACGUAUGCUUAGUACAUAUCAAGUAAACUGUAAAAGUAAUUUUAGCACAAUAUAAAAUAAUCACAUUAUUCAGAUCAUUAUGUAACCUAUUACUUUUUUAUGUAACCUAUCACUAAAAUAGCUUUAUUUUGAAAUAGAGGACUUUGCGUAAUUUGAAAAUCACAUCAAAAUUUAAGUAAACUAUGAUUUAUGUAAGAUUUUAAUGUGUAUAAAACAAAUAAUGAUUACAGAGUGCUAGUAAUUAAUUAAGUUCCAUUUGAAUUUUUGUAUCUGUACCUAGUACCUAUUCAUCAAAAUAAGAAUAUAUGUAUUUUAUCAUCAUCAUUUUCAGCCAUAGGACGUCCACUGCUGAACAUAGGCUUCCCCCAAUGAUUUCCACUAUGUAUUUGCUGACAUUCUAUUUUGCAUGUAUUUAUUUUACGAUCUUUGUUUUUCAGUAUCAUUGAUAUACAAGUAUCAUUACUUUUUUUAUUAGGUUAUAAAUUAUAAUUUUACAUUCACAAAAAAUGGUGGCGCAUGCAUGGGAACAAGUGAUACGUUUCCUUUCCUUAUCAUAUUUGCAAAUAAAUGUAAAUACCUAUGUUGUUACAAUUUUAAUGAUUAAUAAAUAUUUAAUGAAUUCCAAA